AUGGCCGGGAUGGGUGGGCAACAGAGGCAGAUGAUGGAGGAUGCGGCGGAGGACAAGUUCCCGGAGAGGUUGCGUGUGCUCGCGGUGGACGACGACCGCGUCUGCCUCAAGGUACUAGAGGCCCUCUUGCGCCGCUGCAAAUACAGCCCAACGACAGUGAUGGAUGCCAAGACGGCGCUGAAGAUGCUCAGAUCGGGGAAGGAGGAAUUCGACAUGGUCAUCACCGACGUGCGCAUGCUGGACAUGGACGGCUUCAAGCUCCUCGAGCUCAUUGGCCUCGAGAUGGAUCUGCCCGUCAUCAUGCUAUCAGUGGAUUGCGACAAGAAGGCUGUGAUGAAGGGGAUAAACCAUGGGGCGUGUGACUAUUUGAUGAAGCCAGUGCAAACCAACGAGCUCAAAAACAUAUGGCAGCAUGUUGAGAGUAGGAGAAGAUCCCAAUCAAUAAGCCACAUGAGUAGGGAUAAUGAUGACGACCAGAGAGUACAUACUGGGACUCUUGCCAAGAGUAAGGACUCAAAGAGUAAGAGCAAUGAUGAAGAUGAUUCUAAUGAGAACAAAGAGAGCACUCAUGCAUCCACUACCCAGAAGAAGAUGAGGGUGGCAUGGACAACUGAGCUUCAUAACAAGUUUCUAGAAGCUAUCUACCAGAUCGGCCUUGAAAAGGCUGCUCCAAACAAGAUAUUGGAGCUGAUGAAUGUGGAUUACCUCACUAGACAUAAUAUUGCGAGUCAUCUACAGAAGUAUAGAUUGUACUUGAAUAGAGUCAAAUCAAAUCCACUCGGUGAUGCAAGGGAAAGACAAAACUCAUCCAUGGGGAAUCAGAGGAAUUUUAUGCAUAACCAUGAGCAUGGAAGAUGGCAUGUGUCCUCAUGUGACAACCCCUCCUGGAGUCCAAAUUAUUUCGGUGCAACUAGUCAAUUAGGCCAGCCGACGGACAACCAGAGCAACUUGUGCAUGGGGUCGUUAAUCCAUGGUGGAAGAAUGUCGAGGUAUUUGGUUCCAAACACACCGGAUGCGAGAAGAUUUGCCGAUCCCGAAGACCCUCCCAUUAGCCUAUACAAUGGCAUACUCGAUGACAUAAUGUUAGAUGAAUUUUCCUCGUAUAGCUCUGGUACUUCCUAUGUUGACUCCAUGCGUGGCAAGUUGAUGGAGACAAGUAAAGGAAAAACCCCAUCAAAUCUUCGAAGUCACUUAACAAACACAUCAGGUGGUGGCGGGAGAUCUCAUGUCCCGCCACGUGUGAAUAUACCAACGAUCAACCAAUUGACAAGCUAUGAAACACCAUCUAGCGGAAUGUUGAUGCAAAAUCAAUUGCCAGCAUUCAUUGGCAACACCAUAUCAGUGGGAGGUUUCAAUGAGAAAAUAUCGCCAUUCAACAUAGCAAACAAUACAAGCUCGGUAGGGACGAUGUUGAAUGGAAAUUCUGCACUUGGUGUUGGUAGCACUUCAAAAUCCGAGAUUAAUAUGGUUAAUUGUGGAAGAACUAUUUCCACACUUUCCAACCUUCAGACAGAUGGUUUCGUCGAAUUAACUCCAAUGCCUGAUGGCGGGGAUGUAGUUGGCAUUCUUCAUGUGCAAGAAAGUAUGGUUAAUCAGCAAGAGCCUAAUGAUUUACUUAAUGACAUUAAUGACUUGUCAUCGGAUGAUAUUGCCAACCUUCUAAAUGACGAUUCCAUUGGAGAGGAUGCUAUCAUGGAUGGAUAG